AUGUGUCGUGGAGGUGGUGAGAUUGAGGGCUUAGCUGAUUCGGAAUGUUCAUUCGAGCUUCGGCCAGCUACCGUGGCCGACUAUGAGCUCUACGUUUCCUUCUUUCCGGACCUGUCGAUGCCUGCGUCACUGCUACUGCCUUUCGACACGUGGCAGCGAGACCUUGCGCCGUCGACGUAUUUCCUCGUGAACACUGCCGGAGCCAAGUCGCCUGGCGGUGACGCUGAGCGGAAUGGGACGAGUGACGGGGCCCCUCUGGCGUACGUCUUCGUGGAGACGCUGCGGGACUCGGCGUUCAUUCGCCAUAUCGUCGUCCACCGCGAGAAGCGCAGGCAAGGCAUGGGGACGAAGCUGAUGCGGGCUCUGGCGGCGAGGCUGGCAGCAGCAGGGUGCAGGCAGUGGCGCCUCAACGUCUUCCCCUCCAACACUGCCGCCGUCCGCCUCUACUCCCGCCUCGGCCUCUCGCCGGUUCAUUCCGGCAACUGCCUUCUAAUUCCUUGGAAAACACUCUUACUGCGUUCUCAGAAGUGCCCUGCUCCGUGUAACGAUGAGAAGGCUGGAGCGGCGAGCCUUGAAUGUAACGCAGGGCCAUGUGCUGGACAGGAGAGGUGCUGUGGGAGUCCAAGGGACGAUGGAUCAAGCAGCAUGUGCUGUGCAGGAAGGUUGUCGGGUGGACAGACAGAGGCAGACGGACAGCUGAGGGAUGAUUCGGUUAAUUGGUCAGGGCUUGAGAGGGUGAGGGUGGACGAGAUUGAGGUAGAGGAGGAGGAGCAAUUAGAGCGGGGAAUGGGGUUACCAUUGGGGAUGUUACAACGAUUUAGGGAACUCACGGGUACCCUGUUAGCCAAGGCUAUGGUGACGAUGGAUGAAGAUGCAGGAGGAGGUAGUAACUCAGAAUCGAGGGCCCAUUGUGAGAAAGGACCUGAAGAUUUUGGUGCCGAAGACCCACGCACGAGAGGCACUGACAAGAAUGCUUCGAGAGUGAUUGGUUUAGCGGUCUACCAGGAGAGCUAUGGUGGAUUCAAGGUCUUCCGUGCUUCAUCUCCUGAAGUAGCUGAUAAGUUGCUGGAGUGGUUUGGGGUGCUUGGUGGUAAUGAUGGCAUAUGCACACUGCUAGUGGAAGCUUGUGGUGGUGUGGUGCAAUGGCUGAAAGCCAUGGGUGCAACCACAAGGUACAAAACAGUCCACAUGGCUGGAAAUGUGCCAAAGAUCACAUGA